AUGUACAUAUACUCACCCGGACCCUGCGCCGAAAGCGGUCAACUGAUGGAUGUCCAGCAACAGCAUCAGCACCAGCAGCAACACAACCAUCACCUCCUUCAGUUCCAGCAGCAACAACUACAGCUACAACUGCUACUCCAACAGCAGCAACAGCAACAACAUCAGCAACAGAUAUCUCCGCCGGCCAGCCCACCGGACGACAGCGACGGCGGAAACGCGAUCGCCGAAUCGACGUUCUUGGCGCGCCAGCUGAUGGCCGUCACGACGACGACGACGAUAGUGAAACCGGAAAUAGUCGACGGCCGUCCACUCAAACAAACGGCCACGGCGGUGUCUGCAGCGGCGAGCGCGGCUGCCGCGUCCGCGGCUUACACUGCGGCCAUGAUGACGCCUCCGUCGUCGCCGCCCGAAGACGAUGUCAAAAUGGUUGCGAUGGUGGCCACAAAGGCGACCACAGGAGGCAACCAACGAUCGUCGAGGCGGACGGGAGGCGUCGGUGACCGGCGGCCGCAACGCGCCAAAAAGACGUCGGCCAACCACUCGUGUGGUCACCCGGGAUGCGGAAAGACGUACACCAAGAGCUCGCACCUCAAGGCGCACUUGCGCACGCACACGGGUGAAAAACCGUACCAGUGCUAUUGGAAUGGUUGCGGUUGGAAGUUUGCUCGGUCCGACGAGCUGACCCGGCACUUCCGCAAGCAUACCGGUGACCGGCCGUUCAAGUGCCGGCUGUGCGACCGCGCGUUCUCCCGGUCCGACCACCUGUCGCUGCACAUGAAACGACACAACGUCUAA